AUGAGUCCUGAACAAGAUGAUUGUGAAGAAGGAGCUAGUUUUCUUGACGAGAAUCAACGGAAGACCAGCGAUCACCUCUCUCACUCACCUCCGAGACGUUCCGUGACAAAGUUCCAUCUACUAGCCUUCGCCUCGCUUUUUGUCUUCGCUUUAGUGCUCAGAUGUAUGGUUUCGGAGGACUUCCUUCCUUCCUGGGUGGCGCCUUGGAGCGCCAAGCAUGGGCCCCAAUCUCUCGACUUGAAGCUCGGGAAUGUGUAUCUGCUCGGCACGGGGAAAGCAGAUAUCACGGGUCCGGUUGUUGAAAUCAACAUGAUGGGCUAUGCCGAUCCGAGCCAGGUAGGCUCCGGCUUACGCCAACGGCUGUACUCGCGAGCCUUCAUCGUUGGCGACGUCAACAACCCGAGGGAUAGGUUCGUCUAUCUCGUCCUCGACACUCAGUCCGGCGAUACGGCCGUGAGAUACGGCAUCCUGGAAGCCCUUGGACAGCUUGGUCCAGCAUACGAUGUGUAUGGCCACCGCAACCUGGCUGUCACGGGCACACAUUCGCAUGCAGGUCCCGGGGGAUGGUUGAAUUACCUACUGCCGCAGAUCACAAGCAAGGGCUUCGACCACCAGAGUUACCGCGCGAUAGUUGACGGGGCAGUUUUGUCUAUCCGCCGGGCGCACGAGAGCCUGCAGCCCGGAUUCUUGAGCAUCGGAACCACGAGUGUGGAUGGGGCCAACAUCAAUCGCAGCUUAUUUGCCUAUCUCGCCAAUCCAGAGGCCGAGCGUGCAAAGUAUAAUGUCAGCACCAAUACCGACGGCUCGGUGGAGAAAGACCUGACAUUGCUCAAGUUCCAACGGGCAUCGGAUGGCAAGAACAUCGGAGUGCUAACAUGGUUCCCUACACAUGGCACGUCCCUGCUUGGGAAUAACACUCUCAUUGCAGGAGACAACAAGGGUGUGGCGGCUUACUUGUUCGAACGGAGCGUUCGCGGUGAUAAGAUGGCAUCAGACACUUUUGUAGCAGGCUUCUCACAAGCCAAUGUUGGCGAUACCAGCCCAAAUGUUCUGGGUGCUUGGUGCGAAGAUGGCUCAGGGAAGAUGUGCGACUUCGAGAAUAGCACCUGCAGCGAUGGCAGGUCCCAGCACUGCCACGCCAGAGGUCCGCUCUUUCGAGUCAGCGAUAACGGGGCGUCGUCGUGCUUCGAGAUCGGGAGACGGCAGUUCGAGCCGGCGCGGGCUUUGUAUGACCGUCUUGAGCGAAAUCCAAACCCGGUACGAGGACACUGGGUCAAAUCUUUCCACACCUUUCACGACAUGUCAAACUUCACCUUCCGCCUUCCGAACGGCUCCGAGGCCCGCACAUGCCCUGCAGCGCUGGGUUAUUCCUUCGCAGCGGGCACCUCAGACGGUCCGGGGGCUUUCGACUUCACGCAGCAUGACCCCGAUGCGAAUAAAACGUCCCCAGUGUGGCGGGUUGUGUCCCGUCUGUUGAAGGAGCCGACCGAGGGGCAGCAAGCCUGUCACAGUCCGAAACCUAUAUUACUAGACGUUGGCGAGAUGCACAAACCGUACCAGUGGACGCCAAACAUUGUCGAUAUCCAGGCGUUCCGUGUCGGGCAGCUCGUCAUCGUCGUCAGCCCUGGCGAGGCAACUACCAUGGCGGGUCGACGCUGGAAGGAGGCCGUACGGGGCGCCUCGGAGCGUUUUUUCGAGUCCCAGAAGUCAACUUCUUCUCCCGCGGCGGCACAGCCAGUGGUCGUACUUGGGGGUCCAGCUAACAGCUACGCCCACUACAUCACCACCGAGGAGGAGUACUCCAUCCAGCGCUACGAAGGCGCGUCCACGCUCUACGGGCCCCACACGCUGGCGGCGUACAUCAACGUCACGCUCUCGCUCCUCCCGCACCUCGCAGCGGACGCGCCCCCGACCCCGCCGACGCACGGCGGGUCCCUGCCCCCGGACAACGCGAACCGGUCCCUCAGCUUCAUCUCGCCCGUCGUCUUCGACGCGGCGCCCAUCUUCAAGUCCUUCGGCGACGUGGUCGCCGACGCCGCGCGCGCGUACCGGCGCGGGGCCACCGCGGCGGCGCGCUUCGUGGGCGCGAACCCGCGCAACAACCUCAGGCUCGAGGGGACGUUCGCGGCCGUCGAGAAGCUCGACAUCCGCGCCGGCGGCGUGUGGCGGACGGUGCGGGACGACGCGGACUGGGACCUCGUGUUCCGCUGGCGGAGGACGAGCGAAAUCCUGGGCAACAGCGAGGCCGAGGUCGUGUGGGAGACGGAGGAGUGGGCGGAGCCGGGGGUGUAUCGCUUGCGGUACUUUGGCGAUUCGAAGAGCCUGGGAGGCAAGAUCACGGCGUUUGAGGGGACUAGUGCGGUGUUUACUCUGCUCUAG